AUGUGGGUCAUGGUGGAAAGCCCCAUUUCUGAGGUUCUUACAUCUAUAGAAAACAUUAUCCAAGACAUAAUCAAAAGCUUGGCAAGAAAUGAAGUCCCUGCCUUCACAAUAGACAACAGAUCGCGCUGGGAAAACAUAACGUUUGAAGAUUCUGUCGGCCUUCAGUUGAUACCUCAGUGUACCACAAGAAAAAUCAAAAGUGACUCACCAAAAUCAGUUAAAAAAUUUGCUUUGAUUCUGAAAAUACUAUCCAUGAUUUAUAAGCUAGUACAAAGCAACACUUACGCAACCAAGAGAGACAUAUUCUACACUAACAGCCAACUCUUUGGGAACCAAGCUUCAGUGGACAACAUUAUAGAUGACAUUUCCUGUAUGCUGAAAGUGCCCAGGAGGAGCCUGCAUGUGUUAUCGACAUCCAAGGGGUUGAUUGCCGGCAACUUGAGAUACGUGGAGGAAGAUGGUACCCGAGUGCAGUGCACCUGUAGUGCCACGGCUACUGCUGUGCCAUCUAACAUCCAAGGGAUCCGUAAUCUCAUCACAGAUGCAAAGUUCCUGUUAAUAGUAGAGAAGGAUGCAACAUUUCAACGGCUCCUGGACGACAACUUCUGCAGCAGAAUGUCCCCAUGCAUCAUGGUCACGGGAAAGGGCAUUCCAGAUCUGAACACGAGGCUCCUGGUGAAGAAGCUGUGGGACACAUUUCAUAUUCCUGUGUUCACACUGGUAGAUGCUGACCCACAUGGCAUCGAGAUACUGUGCGUCUAUAAAUAUGGAUCCAUGUCCAUGUCUUUCGAAGCCCACAGUCUCACCGUCCCAACUAUCAGAUGGCUUGGUCUCCUCCCUUCUGAUAUUCAAAGGCUAAACAUACCUAAGGAUAGUUUGAUUCCACUGACAAAGCAUGAUCAGAGGAAACUGGACAGUAUCCUGAAGAGGCCUUAUAUUACCUACCAACCCCUCUGGAGAAAAGAGCUGGAAAUGAUGGCAGACUCUAAGAUGAAGGCAGAGAUCCAAGCCUUGACCUUCCUGUCGGCAGACUACCUUUCCAGAGUGUACUUACCCAACAAGCUGAGGUUUGGAGGAUGGAUAUAA